AUGAAGACAACUCGAAAAUGCCGAGCGCUGCUCUCCGUUGGUUUAAAUCUCAUUGCUCUCUUAUUCUCCACAACGGCGUUUAUUACUACUUACUGGUGCGAGGGCACCCAGCGAGUUCCCAAACCGAAUUGCAGCAAAGAUCGGCUGCACAACUGCAUAAACUAUGGGGUGAACGAGACGGACCAGAGCAAAGUCCAUUACAGCUGGGAGACUGGGGAUGACAGGUUCCUGUUCAGGCAUUUCCAUACUGGAAUUUGGUACUCUUGCGAAGAAAACAUCAGCGGAGCAGGUGAGAAAUGCAGGAGCUUUAUUGAUCUGGCCCCAGCAUCAGAGAGGGGUGUCCUUUGGCUGUCAGUGGUUUCUGAAGUGCUAUACAUCAUGCUACUGGUCGUUGGCUUCAGUCUCAUGUGCCUAGAACUCUUUCACUCCAGCAAUGUGAUCGAUGGACUCAAGCUGAAUGCCUUUGCUGCUGUUUUCACUGUUCUCUCAGGACUCCUGGGAAUGGUGGCACACAUGAUGUACACCCAGGUCUUUCAGGUCACUGUCAGCCUGGGCCCAGAGGACUGGAGACCUCACUCCUGGGAUUAUGGCUGGUCUUUCUGUCUAGCCUGGGGUUCUUUCACUUGCUGCAUGGCUGCCUCCGUUACUACCCUUAACUCUUACACAAAGACUGUCAUUGAGUUCAGGCACAAGCGCAAAAUGUUUGAGCAAGGCCUCCGUGAAGAACAGACUUUCCUCGACCAGGAGACCUUCAACUACUUCCGAGACAGAUCGGUGCAGUCCAUCUCCAGCUCAGUGGAGGUGUUCCCCAGCCAAGGAGGCGGUGCGGGCAAAGCACUCAGACCUGCGUCUUCUAUAGACCUGGGGGAGAUCCCCGAGUCUUUGGGAGAGGAGCAAUGCUGAAAAGGCCGGUAUACUCGUGUCCAGAACCCACCUACCCCAUGGCUAUGACACGAAGGGGAAUUUCACAAGAAGUGACUCCAUGAGGUGCAUCAUCGAAAGAAUUACUGGCGGCACCAGGCGUUUUCUUUUCAGAAAUAUGUCUUGCUAGGGGUAGAAAAUUGUGCUCAUGGGCCAUUAAUAACAUAUAUGGGGUGCAUACAAAAUAUUAUAAAUACAUGUUCAGUUAACAGUGUCAAAUAUAGGUAAAAAAUUUGCUGUUUGGACAUUUUCAGAAUAUAGAUAAUAUUUUUUGUGAGGCCAAAUGGUUAACAUAUACAUUGUAAGUUAUGGAACUAAACAAAUGUAUUUACAUACAAGAGAACCAGGACUGGACUUUUCUGACAAGGAACAAUAUCACUGCCAUACAACAGUUUCCAAAUUCUACACUUGGAAAAAAACAUUCCUUCAUUCUACAAUUCAUUUCACUCAGCUUGAAACUUGCUUCUGACACUUUCAAUACUGUGUGCUUUUUAAAUAUAGUUUUUAAAUUUAUAUAUUGUAUGUUUAAGGGCUUAAAUUCAUUGUUGUGGAGAUACUAAACAUCAGUACUGCACUUGCUGUUAAGCCUUAGUAAAAUAUCUAUUGUUAUCUUUAUGUUAAAUUGCAUCAAGGAGCUACAUUUUUAUGUAAUUUGGACAAUAUUGACAAGCAUUCCAUGUUAGUGUCCCUUUUGAGAUGCCAUGCCAGGGAGCAAAAACUACUGAUCUCCCAUUCUAUUGAAAUUCACUGGGUUGAUUUCUCGCACUAGCUAUGUUAUAUCUUAUCUUGAUAAACCAUGAAUAAGUGCUCAAAGGUCAAAUUUAUAUGGUCACUUAUAAUAUUUCAAAAGGGAAUAUGAGACAAUUUGCCAGUGUAAACACUAAUCAUAACACUAUAGAGCAGUGCAGAUUGAAGCUAUUGUGCUAGUGUUGUGGUAUUGUAAAUGCGAUUGGUUUAAUAGAUUGUGAUAGGUGUAGCAAGAGUGACUGAGGAGCAUACUGUCCUGUAAAAAAUGGUAGCAAUCUUGUCAGUGAAAUCCUUUAAUGAAAGGGAAAAACAGUAUAAUAUUCCUGUGAUUUAACUGUAUAAAUCUUGUUAUUUUAUGGGAUGCCUGUUAAAUAAUGAGUUAUUGACAGUAUUCGACAUGACAUUGACAAUUUCUUGGGAAAAUCAAAUUUUUGCCCUGAUCUUUGCACUGUUAUUUUUAUGAUUCAAUUUCUACCCAGAAAUUUGCAUUAUGCAAUUUUUUCAACUGAUUUUCAAUCAUUUAUUUAUUUUAUAUUCAAAAUUAGCACCGAUAAAUUCCCAGAUUUUUUGUAAAAUAUAAAACAAAAACGAAGGGCCUUGGCAUAUGCGUGCGCGCGCGCGUGUGUGUGUGUGUACAAAAACUAGGGUUACUGAGCAAUAAAUGUUAUGUGAAUCGCGGAGAAGAAAAUGUGAGACCAAAGUUUAAACUAAAUGUUCAUUAGCAAACAUUACAUUGAAUACUGUAAAUUUGGCAUAAUAGUAGACAAUUAAUUGGUCAAAGACAAAUUUGAGGAAUAAAAACAUGUGGUGUGUAUAAAGGAAUACUCUUGUUUUAUAUAUAUUUUUUGUGUGGCAUGUUAACUAUGAUUUACAGCAAUAUAAAAAACUUAAGAGCGUGUGGGCACAUUCACAGUUUGUGUAGGUAGGUCAUUCUGAGAGGUAGGUCUGUUUUUCACAAUACUGGCAACCCCAGGGAGGUGCACAUUUCACUCUAGCAUCACCCAUGGAUGGGAGGGUUUUAGUCAACUACAAUGAUAGUGUCUUUUUGCACACUAGUGACUCCUUCUGUUAAAGCAGUCACCUUCAAGUUCAUCUUCCUGGGCUGUAUAUGAAGUGUCUUCCUUUGACUUAUGUCUGUACAAGCCCAAGCAAGUGAGUUCACAUGCUUUGUAAUAGAGCGUAUGCUUGUCUGUGGCCUCCUGAAUCAGUAAUCAACAAUGAGCAAUGAUAUAGAUACAACUGGGUGUUCCAAAUUGUGGAGGAAAAUAGGGAAAGCACAGAAAAAUAAGGCAUUAAGAAAGGUUGAAACCCUCUUCUUUUAACACCAACUCCUAUUUAACAAAUGAAAUAAACUGCCAACGUCAUUUCAUACAGGGAAAUAUUAUCACAAAAAAGCUUCCAUUUUGGCAUUGUUGUACAUUUUUAUGUGGUGUGGAACACCAAACUAUUAUUUACUUUUUUAUUUAUACUACAGUACCUCAAAAGAUAAAAAUGAUAAAGCAUUGUGUACAUGAUUGCAAGAUGUUGCGGUUGUAGAUCUUGUUAUUUACUUCACAGACGCAGCCUUAAGAGUGAUAAAUCUGAAAUUCAGCUUGACCAGAAAAGCUUGUGAAAGAAAUUUGUUCAUCAUUACUAAGCUUGAGUUGUUUUAUAAGUGUUUUGCACAGCUGGUGAAUGUUAUAAGCAUUCACGUUUAUUUAUUUAUUUUUUAUCAUUUUUUUAAGACAUGUCAGCUCUGUCACUGAUCAGGAGCAUUUAAAAUGUUUUUUUAAAUAUUUUUUUUUAAUCAACUGGUUUCAACCCAUUUCUGACAAGUUUAACACAAUUGUUUAAUCCAAAAGGCAUUGAAUAGUGUAUAAUAUUGAUGACAGUGACCAUACAGUAUCAUAUGAUAAGGCUUUGUUGUCUCCACUUGUGCCUGUAUAAUAAUUGAUAUCAUUUUUGGAAUAUAUUUCCAUGACAGAAUUUGCAAGAAUUCAGUUGAUAGACACUGUGUAUCAUUUAUUUCAUGCUUAUGAUAUGUAAAUUACAUGUCCACAAACAUGCAUUUAUUAUAAGUACAUAUUUAAAAAUAAACAUUUAUAUUUUAAGCCCCUCUGUUAAAAAUAUAUGGCAUAAAAUUGUUAAUUUGGUUGAAAAUAUAUGUCAUCCUUUGUACAAUUAGCACAAUUAGCAUGCAAAACAAUAUAUUAUGCAGGACUCAUUUUUAUUCAUGCAAUGUUUAUUGUGUUCUUAAUUAUCUGGUUCUUAAAUAUAAUUAUCAAGCAAACAAAUGUUCGGUUUUUAGUCAGAACAUCCUUGUUAAAUAUGCUGUAAAUAAAAAGGCAUUAAACAAUG